AGCCGCUGUGGUCGCCAGCAGCGGUGCAACUACAUACAACUUCGCCGAUAUAAAUCUCUCUUUAUUAUCUAAACUUUUCAGUCAUUACAUAUUGGUCUAAUAUGAGACACUGACGCUCGGUCUGGCAGCCCAGCUGGUCACUACUGUGGCUGUGUGGGAUUCCCAGUCGGACUCAGGACCCUGUGUGAUGGACUACCUGUAGCUCAGCAGCCUGUGUCGCUCCUCAGCACAAGCUAGGACCAAGCAGCAGUCUGAAGCAGGGGAGACAGGCACGUGUUCCACGACAGAUCCCAUCAUGGACUUCUUUGAUGACCCCAGCCUGUUUGUGGGAGGGCUGGAGGGGUUGGCUGAGGAGGGCUUCCCCCCAGGACCCUCGUUGGUGGAUGAGCUGAACCUCAGCGCUGGCUUCGAACCCCUGCAGGUGGAGACUCUGGUCCCCGGAAAGCACCCCGGUAUGCUCCCACCAACCCCUUCCACAGCCAGCCCACAGGCCAUGCCCUAUGGGCAGCAGAUAGCUCACUAUACUGCUAUUAAGGCACAGAACCCUAUGGCAAUGCCUUUUCCUGGAUCAGAGGGCCCAGUCGGAGGUGGUGGCAUGAUAGCCCAACAACAUACCCAAUACCAUAGUGCCCCCAUGAGCCAAGCUCCCCAGUCCAAUGGGCUGUUCUCCAACAGCAGCCCCAUGUGGGGCAACCAGGACCAGAAUGGGAAUCUUUACCACUCACAUGCCCAGCAACAACAACAGCAACAAUUGCAUCAUCAUCAUCAACAACAGCAGCAGCAACUGCAAAACCAGCAACAUCACCUAAGACAGACACAGCAACACCACCCAUGUCAACAAGUACCACCGCCACAUCACCAACAAAUGCAACAACGGCAUCCACAACUCUUAAGUCAGCACCAGCAGCAUUCUCUACCACAACACCACAACUUCCCCUUUCACCAGGGAAGCCUCACCCAAAGCCAGCAGUCAGUUCACCACAACCAGUUAACUAUUGGGGGAGCUCAUUUCCACCCCAGGCCUGUGACUAACACUGGAUCUUUGCCCAAAUCCUAUGUGGAAACCCCCAAUGCCUCUCUGGCCGGGGCUCCUCUACAGCAGCAGGGUGGAUAUCAAAUGGCCCAGGGGGCUCAGGCCUUCCCUGGGUCAGGACAGGAGGACGCCAGCCUGUCCUUCUCCAUGCAGUCCUCUUCCAUGGGUCACACCCUGCCCUCCUGCUCCGUCAGCUCAGCCAUUGCCUACCCUUCGUCUCAGUACUCCUCUUUCCCAGGACAAGCCAACAUGCCCAACCUGAGCCAGACCUUGUCUUCAGCCCCGGUGUCCAUGACCACUGCCACCACAGCCCCUCACCCUUCCUCAGUGCCUGAGCUCUCCGCUGCUGGGUGUGAGUUUUCCACAGCUCCCGGUAUGGGCCAGCCUCAGGUCUCCCAGGUCAACCAGGCUGAAGAGUGUCCCUUCCGGGGCAUGCGCUGCACCAGACAGACCCAUGGAAACUAUGACUCCUCUGAGAUGUUCGGGCAAGCUAUGAGCUGCUACCCCAGUGUAGCCAGCCAGCUGCCCCUGGAGCAGGCCCAGAGCUGUGGCUCCGCUGGGGCUCCAGCUACCACCAGUAAUGGCUAUCAGUCCCUGGAGGACAACCUUCUUCCCGUGGAGGCCCGAGGAGGGGGCUUUGAGGGCCUGGAGGCCCCUGAUCUGCUGGCUGACGAGCUUCUGCCCCAGCUGGAAGCGGCCCUCAGCCAGCAGGAUGGCUCCAACUGCUCCUGGACCAACGGGAGCCCGGGCAGGGGGGGAGACAUGGUGGACAGGAACUCCCCAGCUAUGGACCUCUAUGAAGAAGAGCAGCCUCGCAAGAACGCUAAUGGUCCGAGCCAGGCCAGGGUCCUCAGCCCUCCGAUGAAGAGCAGCUCGUCGUCGUCCUCCUCGUCCACGUCCUCCUACAGCUCCUCGUCUGAGAAGAGGUCCCAGCGGAAGCUGAGCCAGCAGCUGGCCCAGCAGCAGCAGCUGAUGGAGGGGUCUGUGGAGGACAAGCAGGAGAAGGCCAACCGGAUCAUCCACGAGGCCAUCGCCAAGGCCCGCCAGCGGGGGGAGAAGAACAUCCCGCGGGUCAUGAGCCCGGAGAGCUUCCCCAGCUCCUCGCAGCACCGGCACCGCGAGAGGGAGCGAGGGGGCAAGUCCCGGCCCAAGGAGAAGGUGUCCAAGAAGGCGCGCAUCGUGGCCUCGUCCAAACCCAAGCAGAAGGCCAAGAUUGGGAAAAUCGUCAUCAAGUUCGGGAAGAAGAAGAAACGGAAGCCCGCCUCGUCUGAGGAGGACGAGUCGGACGACGACCCUCCGGCGCGCCGCUCGGCUAAAGACGACGACUCGAAGCGGCGCUCCAACCGCCAGGUCAAGAGGAAGAAGUAUUCGGAGGAGCUGGAGGCCAGGGUGUCGGACGAGGAGGUCAAGGUCAUCGUGAAAGCCAAGAAGACCAGCACUGCAGCACGGAAAGACCCCGGCAUGCAGCUGUUUGUAGAAAACCCCAGUGAGGAAGACGCUGCUGUUGUUGACAAAAUCAUGUCCUCCCGCACCGUGAAGAACGAGGUCUCUCCGGGGGUUUACGUGGAAUCGGAGGAGUUCUUUGUCAAAUACAAAAACUACUCCUACCUCCACUGUGAGUGGGCCACAGAGCAGCAGCUGGAGAAGGACAAGAGGAUCCAGCAGAAGAUCAAACGCUUCAAGAUAAAACAGGCUCAGAGGGCACACUUCUUUGCAGAUAUGGAGGAGGACCCCUUUAACCCGGAUUAUGUGGAGGUAGACCGAGUACUGGAGGUGUCCUAUUGUGAAGACAAGGACACAGGAGAGGAGGUGGUGUACUACCUGGUGAAGUGGUGCUCCUUGGCCUACGAGGACAGUACGUGGGAGCUGAAGGGGGAUGUGGAGCAGAGCAAGAUAGAGGAGUUUGAGCUGCUGCAGGCAGCCAAGCCAGACUCCCGCAGGAUGGAGCGGCCCCCAGCCAGCCUGUGGAAGAAGAGGGAGCAGUCGAGGGAGUACAGGAACGGCAACGGCCUCAGGGACUACCAGCUGGAAGGAGUCAACUGGCUCCUCUUCAACUGGUACAACAGACGGAACUGUAUCCUGGCAGACGAGAUGGGCUUGGGGAAGACCAUCCAGUCCAUCACCUUCCUGGAGGAGAUCUAUCGCGUGGGCAUCCGGGGCCCCUUCCUCAUCAUCGCCCCGCUGUCCACCAUCGCCAACUGGGAGCGCGAGUUCCGCACCUGGACGUUCCUCAACAUCAUCGUCUACCACGGCAGCGGGGUCAGCCGGCAGAUGCUGCAGCAGUACGAGAUGUACUUCAGGGACGCGCAGGGCCGAGCGCUGCGCGGGGCCUACAGGUUCCAGGCGGUCAUCACCACCUUCGAGAUGAUCCUGGGCGGUUGCCCCGAGCUCAACGCCAUCGAGUGGCGGUGCGUCAUCAUCGACGAGGCCCACCGCCUCAAGAACAAGAACUGCAAGCUGUUAGAGGGCUUCAAGCUCAUGAACCUGGAACAUAAGGUCCUGCUGACGGGAACUCCCCUCCAGAACACUGUGGAGGAGCUCUUCAGCCUGCUGCACUUCCUGGAGCCGUUACGCUUCCCCUCCGAGAACACCUUCAUGCAGGAGUUUGGAGACCUCAAGACUGAGGAGCAGGUCCAGAAGCUGCAGGCCAUCCUGAAGCCCAUGAUGCUGCGCCGCCUGAAGGAGGACGUGGAGAAGAAGCUGGCCCCCAAGGAGGAGACCAUCAUCGAGGUGGAGCUCACCAACAUCCAGAAGAAGUACUACCGCGCCAUCCUGGAGAAGAACUUCUCCUUCCUGGCUAAAGGAGCGGGCCAGGCCAACGUGCCCAACCUGGUCAACACCAUGAUGGAGCUGAGGAAGUGCUGCAACCAUCCCUACCUCAUCAAAGGGGCCGAGGAGAAGAUCCUGGAGGACUUCCGCGAGGUCUACAGCCCCGCAGCCAUGGACUUCCCCCUGCAGGCCAUGGUCCAGUCGGCCGGCAAGCUGGUCCUCAUAGACAAGCUCCUGCCCAAGAUGAAGGCCGGGGGGCACAAGGUGCUCAUCUUCUCCCAGAUGGUCCGCUGCCUGGACAUCCUGGAGGACUACCUCAUCCAGAGAAGGUACCUGUAUGAGCGCAUCGAUGGCCGGGUGCGAGGCAACAUGCGCCAGGCAGCCAUCGACCGCUUCAGCAAGCCAGACUCGGACCGCUUCGUCUUCCUGCUGUGCACGCGUGCCGGCGGCCUGGGCAUCAACCUGACGGCUGCCGACACCUGCAUCAUCUUCGACUCAGACUGGAACCCUCAGAACGACCUGCAGGCCCAGGCUCGCUGCCACAGGAUUGGUCAGAACAAGGCCGUGAAGGUCUACCGGCUGAUCACGCGCAACUCGUACGAGAGGGAGAUGUUUGACCGUGCCAGCCUCAAGCUGGGCCUGGACAAGGCUGUGCUGCAGAGCAUGAGCGGCCGAGAAAACAGCCUGGGAGCGGCUGCGGCAGGAGGGGGAGGAGGAGGAGGGCCCGUGCAGCAGCAACUGUCUAAGAAGGAGAUCGAGGACCUGCUGCGCAAGGGGGCCUACGGAGCCAUCAUGGACGAAGAGGACGAGGGGGCCAAGUUCUGUGAGGAGGACAUCGACCAGAUCCUCCAGAGAAGAACCAAGACCAUCACCAUCGAGUCAGAGGGACGAGGGUCCACCUUUGCCAAGGCCAGUUUCGUGGCGUCCGGAAACCGCACAGACAUCUCUCUGGACGACCCCAAUUUCUGGGAUAAGUGGGCGAAGAAGGCCGAGAUCGACCUGGACACGGUCAACGGCAGAAACAGCCUGGUGAUCGACACCCCCCGCGUCAGGAAGCAGACGCGUCCCUUCAGCGCCACCAAGGACGAGCUGGCCGAGCUGUCGGAGGGGGACAGCGACAGCGACGACGGCGGCGCCGGCAAGCCCAAACUCCGCCGGCCGUACGACCGCCUCAACAGCUAUGGACGCACAGAGUGCUUCAGAGUGGAAAAGAACCUGCUCGUAUAUGGGUGGGGCCGGUGGAAGGACAUCCUUCUCCACGGGCGUUUUAAGAAGCAGUUGAGCGAACGCGACGUGGAGUCCAUCUGCCGGGCGCUGCUGGCCUACUGCCUGGUGCACUACCGAGGAGACGACAAGAUCAAGAGCUUCAUGUGGGACUUGAUCGCCCCCACCGAGGACGGGCGCACCAAGGAGCUGCAGAACCACCUGGGUCUGUCCACCCCGGUGCCUCGCGGCAGGAAGGGCAAGAAGAUGAAGACCCAGUCCAGCACCUUCGACAUCCAGAAGGCCGAGUGGAUCCGGAAGCACAACCCCGAGCACAUGCUGCAGGAUGACGGCUACAAGAAGCACCUGAAACACCACUGCAACAAGGUGCUGCUGCGGGUCAGAAUGCUCUACUACCUGAAACAAGAGGUGAUUGGAAGCGAGUCCCAGAACGUACUAGACGGCGUGGACUGCAGUGACAUCAAGAUCUGGGUGCCCGACCCGGACCACUCGGAGCAGCCCGCCCUGUGGUGGGACGUGGCGUCUGACAAGUGUCUGCUGCUGGGAGUCUACAAGCACGGUUAUGAGAAGUACAACACGGUUCGAGCCGACCCCGCCCUCUGCUUCCUAGAGCGGGUUGGCCGGCCGGACGAGAAGGCCAUCGCUGCCGAACAGAGAGCCAAUGACUUCAUGGACGGGGACGUGGAUGACCCAGAAUACAAGCCCGCGCCAGCCUUGCUGAAGGACGAUAUGGAGGAUGACGCCUCCUCUCCGGGAGAUCUGGUUGUCACUGACAACGCUGGAGACGCAGCUCCAGCGACGGAGGGCGACGCGCCCUACUGGCCCUCGCCGUCUGUGCUGACGGCCAGGCUGAGGCGGCUGAUCACCGCCUCCCAGCGCUACACCAAGAGCAGACAGAUCCUCCACAUCCACCAGGCCCAGCAGUCCGUCGCCAUGCCCUCCACGCUCUUCCCCAUGCCCCCCACCCUCAACGACACCCUCAACCCCAAGAUGGCCGCCAAGAUCGAGCGCCAGCAGAGGUGGACCAGACGAGAGGAGGCCGACUUCUACCGCGUGGUCUCCACCUUUGGCGUGGUGUUCGAUCCCGACCUGGGCCGCUUCGACUGGACCAAGUUCCGGGCCAUGGCCCGGCUGCACAAGAAGACAGACGAGAGCCUGCAGAAAUACCUGUGGGCCUUCACGGCCAUGUGCAGGAGGGUGUGUCGCCUGCCCCCCCGGGAAGCAGACUCGGCAGUAGACCCGUCUCUCUCCAUCCAGCCGAUAACAGAGGAGCGAGCGUCGCGGACCCUGUACAGGGUGGAGUUGCUGCGUCAGGUGAGGGAGCAGGUCCUCCGCCACCCCCUGCUGUACGAGCGCCUGGCCCUGUGCCAGAUGGGCUCCGACCUGCCCGCGUGGUGGGCGCCCGGCUCCCACGACCGCGACCUGCUCAUCGGCGCCGCCAAGCACGGCGUGAGCCGCACCGACUACCACAUCCUCCGCGACCCCGAGCUCUGCUUCAUGACGGCCCAGCGCAACUACAGCCAGAGCAAGCCCCCCUCCCACCAACCCCAGCCCCGCCUCCCGGCCGCCCCGCUCCUCCACCCCCAGUACCAAGCCAGCUCCGCCCGGGCCGCCUCUCCACUUACAAACACUCCCGCCCCGGCCCAGAGGGACCCGGAGCUCCCCGUGGUCGUGCCCAAGCAGGAGCCGGCCUCGGAGGGGGAGGAGAACGCGGAGGGGCCGGCGGAGAGGUGGAGCCCCCCGCCGGGCCCCGCCACCCCCACGGGCCUGGAGGAGAAGCCCGGUCUGGUGAAGACUGAGAGCGAGAGGAAGAUGGUGGCGGCCCGCACCAAGCCCCUCACCCCCAACUCUGCUGAGAGGAAACGGAAGAAGGCCAGCAAGAGGAGCCGGCGGGAGGCCCGGAGGGCCGAGGCCGCCUCCGAGUCGGACUCGGACGGCUCCUCCUCCAGCUCCUCCUCGCACUCCUCCUCCUCCUCCUCGUCCUCGUCUUCCUCCUCCUCCCGCUCCGGCUCCAGCUCCUCCUCCUCCUCUUCAUCCUGCUCCUCCGGCUCCUCCUCCUCGUCUUCCUCCUCCUCGUCUUCCUCGGCGGACACUGAGAGCGAGGGAGAGGAGGGGCGAGCGAGGGAGAAGAAAAUGAAGGUGCCCACGGUGCCCAGCGUGAAGGGAUUCGACGAGGACAGCGUGGCGUCGCUCCCCACCGCCCAGGACGAGCUGCAGGAUAGUCACCCGGCGGAGAACGGCGUCAGCCACUCGUCCCACCCCUUCCAGGGAGGCUACAUGCUGGCCGCAUCCUACUGGCCCAAGGACCGCGUGAUGAUCAACCGUCUGGACAGCGUCUGCCAGGCUGUGCUGAAGGGCAAGUGGCCGGGGGCGCGGCGGGCUUACGAGGCCGGCGGGGCCGUGGCCUCCUUCUACACCACCAAGCUGCUGGACAACGCCAACAGCCUGUGCGAGGACCCCUCGACCUCGCCGCAGGGGUCAAAGGUGAAGAAGCAUGUUGCAGAAAACAAGGAGUUCUCAGUCAAACUCAAUGACGAGGGCGGUCUGAAGCUGACCUUCCAGAAGCAGGGUCUCCCCCUGAAGAGGCCCCUGGAGCCGGAGGAGGCCCCCCUGGGCCAGCAGCAGUACCUGGCCCGGCUCCACGACCUCCAGAGCGCCUCCGACACAGGCCUGGCUGACUUCACCAAGCCUCAGGCCAGCUCCCCUCACGAGCCUCCAGGCCUGGCCGGUCAGAUGAGGCUGAACGGGGGGAUGGACGGCCAGCCGGUGGUGAAGAGGAGGAGAGGCCGGAGGAAGAAUGUGGAGGGAAUGGACCUGCUCUUCUUGAACAAGAACAGAGUCCCGCCUGUAGAGGAACGCGUGCCCCCAGCGUGGGGCGGGAUGGCGCAAGCCGGCCUCCCUGGAGCCUCCGUGCCGGCAUACGGCCAGGGCGGGCCCCAGGGCCCCGUGGACAUGGAGAGCAGGGUCCCCGUCAUCAACCUCAAAGACGGGACGCGCCUAGCUGGGGACGACGCCCCCACGAGGAAGGACCUGGAACAGUGGCUGAGGGAACACCCGGGCUUUGUGGCCGACACGGGGGCCUUCAUCCCUGGCGUGAAUAAGAUCCAGAUGCAGUUCCAGGACGGGCGGCCCAAGCAGAAGAGGCACCGCUGCAGGAACCCCAACAAGAUCGACGUCAACAGCCUUACGGGCGAGGAGAGGGUGCAGAUCAUCAACAGGAGAAACGCCCGCAAGGUGGGCGGAGCGUUCGCCCCGCCUCUGAAGGACCUGUGCCGGUUCCUCCAGGAGAACCCGGAGUACGGGGUUCCCCCUGAGUGGGCCGAUGUGGUCAAGCAGUCGGGCUACCUCCCAGAGAGCAUGUUCGACCGCAUCCUCACCGGACCCAUCGUUCCAGAGGAGGUGAGCCGGCGCGGUCGGCGGCCCAAGAGUGCCCUGGCCAAGGCUGCGGCUGCGGCUAACAGCGGGGCAGCCGCCCUGGGUCUCAACCCCCUGUUGGCCAACGGUCUCCUCUCCGGCAUGGACCUCAACAGCCUGCAGGCCUUCCAGCAGAACCUCCAGAGCCUGCAGUCCUUGCAGCUCACCGCUGGCCUCAUGGGCUUACCCCCUGACGCCAGCAACCUGGCCGCCAGCAACCUAGCCGCAAUGUUUCCCAUGAUGCUCUCUGGCAUGGCCGGACUCCCCAACCUAUUGGGAAUGAGCGGGCUUCUGGGCAAGCCCCCCCAGGACGGGACGGGGGGUUCAGAGGACAAGAGGAAGGGAGCAGCCAGCAGUAACAGUGGAGGAGGAGAGUCUUCGACCUCCAAAGCCCACUCGCAGACCCCCGCCCACACCUCCGACACCAAAGGGGACAGGACAGAGGGUCAGAGCGGGGAGCAUGCCUCCACCGGUGCCAGCGAGCCCUCCACCUCCUCUGCCACCACCCCACCAAGUGCUUCUGCUGCCGCGACAGCCUCCAGCCAUCCACUGUCUCUUAACCCCUUGUUACUCUCCAGUAUGCUUUACCCAGGGAUGCUUCUUACUCCAGGCCUUAACCUCCCAGCGUCCACCUCACAGCCACAGAGCACAAACACUGACCCCACCCCUUCCCCUGGCACCUCCCAGUCACCACCCCAGGAUAUGGAGCGACCAGAGGAGAGGGGCCAAGAUGAUGAAGAUGAGGAGGAGGAGGAGGAGGAGGGAGAGGGGGAGGAGUCUGCAGAGCAGAAGGACAGUGGUGCAGAGGGGUCGGGGAAAGCAGAGUCAUCUUCAUCAGAGUCGGGGAGCUCCUCUUCAUCAUCCGGUGACUCAGACUCCAGCGAUGAAGACUGAGCCCAUGAAUAUAUAAAUAUAAAUAUAUUUAUGUAUCUCCUAGAAAUGUACACAUAUAUAUACAUAUAUAUGGAUUUUCUUGCACUUACAUUGUGAUUUCUUUUCAUGUAAAUACAGAAAUCUAACGCAAACGUGUAAGAACUGAAAGAAAGGAAAAUAGAAGAAAAAAAAUGAAAAAAAAUGACAGUGUUUGUUCAAAGGUACAAUCUUGUUUUGAGAGGCAUUUUGCAUGUCAAACUUUAGUAGAUUUCCGAACUUUGUGAAAUUGUAUAACACAAUGAUGUACAAAUGCAACAAACGGAAAAAGAAAUCAGACUGGCAUUAUUGUAAUUAUCAUGUUGGGAUUUAAUUUUAUUAAAAAAAGAGGAAAAACAUUCAUGCUCCAGCUGAGCUGUACUAUUAAUAUAUUUUGGAGUUGGGAGGUUGAGAAGAACUUGACAAAUAUUUUGUUUGGAUUCCUUUGUAAAUACAGGUUUCCUCACGCAUAUACUUUGCAGAUCGUACUUUGGGAAAGUCAGCAAUAACUCGGGCAGCUAAUGAAUGUCACUGAAGCUGUAGAUUCCUUAUGUCGGCCAUAUUCCACUGCACAUCCCAACCAAGGCCCCUGUAGUGUCCACAGCCUACCACUCGACACCCAGCAGUCACCAUGUCAAAGCAGACUCAAACGGAUUAGAUAUGAUUUUGUCUUCUGACCGUUUAAAAUCCCGUAAAUUAAAUUUUAUACAGUACAAGUGUCUGCCCCAUGAAGCACUGUUAGGAUGGAGUGCCAAAAGCUGCCCUAGUCUAAUGAGGCAGAGAUUUAUUCAAAUCAGUCUGUGUUCAUAAUCACAAUCAGGAAGAAUGUUCUGACAAUGUGAAAAGAAAUGACAUCCUGGCAUGUUUAACAGCAUCUUACCUCAGUUUUGCAAACAGGAUUGAGUUCACUGUUCAAACAACCUAUGUCUGUGGCGUGUGUCCUGUGUACGUGUUCCCACUGGAACUCUAAUGGGUACUCUUGAGAGCUUCCACUUGCUUUGGCUGUUUGCUUUCAUUGGGUCGAAUGUCUGCUUAUUUGGGCUGGGUAAAGUCAACUUACAGUGGAUUUAACCCAAACCAGUGUGUGUGUAUGAGCGAGAGAGGGAUUAUUGCACUGUGUUUCUGUUGUAAGGGAAGCGAGUUGUGAGUGUCAGACUGUAUGCUCCUGUCGACCGGUUGGUCACAUGAUUAGCUGCAACUGGGAUGUUAACGGGAUGGUACUACCCCUUGCUGGAACGGUCCGGCCGGGCGCUGUCACCCAGAGCACACGACACACUCCGUAACUCCAGGACGAGUGUUGAGGGACCCCAGUCCGUGGGAUAGGACCUUGCCUGCUGGGUUCAAUGUCCAGGAAAGGGUUGGCUGGUCUGUAGUAUUAUCUGUGCUCCUCUCAUGACGACACUAGCUGCCGGAGCCGUCUGUGGAGCUCCAUGCCUCCUCUCCCCUCUCCCCCCCUUCAGCACUUGACUCGGUUCCAGAUGACUCUGUUUCUGGAAGCAGUUGGGCGAUCUCACACAGUGUUUGUGUAUCAGGAAACAUGUUGGGGUUGUCUCUGUAUCAAUUAGAUUGCAGCAGAAUAUAAUUUUACAUGAAAUUUAGUUUACACCUGACAACUGUGUAAAGCGUCACUACGUCUUGCAGUGAUGCGAAAUAUCAAUUAAAGUAUUGGGCUGUAUGGAUUUAGUGUAGGCUUUCCUUUUCCAGGCUUAAUAUCUACCUUCCAAACAAGAUGUAUUGCUGACUGUGGUCUUUGUAUUCCAAGGGAAUUCUCUGCUUCAGGUGUCUCUUUUUAUCGUAAUCGGCAAGUUUUACUGAUCCACUGGUGAAUGGAGCUGUAGAAACGUGUAGAAGUGACCUUACAAUGUAUCUCUGUUCAUCUUUCUUCUAUUCCCCAGUAUCUGAUUAAACAGAUAGCUUAUAUGUUCUUUAUUUGAUGUGGUGUGUUUGUUUAUGAUCACUACAUGGUUAAUCUGGGCUCAAAAGCUGUUGUUGCAAGACUGUUGGUACACUUUGGACUGCUAUACACAUUUCAAAAUAGUUGUCUGUUUUAUUGUCAACAUUAAAAAAAAUACAUAAAAUUGACCUGUGGUAAAGAAACACAUUGAGCCACUGUCUGUCUCCAUGUAGAUGUCAGUGUUGUUGUACUGAACCUAUGCGUCAAUGUUGAAGCCCACUGAGUUAUGUCAAGACUGACAAAAACACUUCUCUGACAUAGCUUUGACAUUAGGGUGUAUUUCCCUCUCCGCCUAUGAUGUCCUUAACAGUGAUUUAUUUUGUAUGUGUUGAGUGGUAGCCAUCUUUGUUAUGCCUGCUUUUACACCAGGCAGAGAAUUCAAAGAACACCCUUCACCUGUCAUUUUUUUUAUACUGCAAAAACACUUUCCCUUAAACUAACUGUGCCCUUAGGCAAACGCCCAUACACUGCUGCUUCCUGGUUACUAAUAAUACUCACCCAACUAUGAUUGUUUUAGCAGGCUUUAUAUUUUAACUCAAUAGCGAGAUGGGUUGGUAUCUUACUGAGAGAUGAGCCUGCAUUUGCAGAAGACUGGUAACCUCUACGUUAUUGAGAACUAAGAGGUAUCUAGGGAGAAGUAUCUAGGGAGAGUUAACAAUGUGAGAUUGAACUAAACCUUUUAUUCAUGUGGUUUGAUUUGGUAUUUUGGUUACUUUCGAAUAUAUUUCCCAAUGCCACAUACAUUGAAAGUGCUGGACUCAGCCACAAGGAUAUUACCACCAAUAUGCAAACACAGAAUAAGACACCAUACACUACUACAUGAAAGUAAAUUAGUUGCUGGAUUGACAAGACUAGAUUAUUGCCUUUGUAUUUUUUUGUUUCAAGCUUGAUAAUAUCCUAAACGUCAUCUUAAAGUCGAUUUCUUGUUAUUUUGUUGCAAUAUUUGCAAGUUGUGGUCUGUAGACAAAUAAUGCUUUAUGUAGUGGAGGAAAGGUGUCUUAAGUCAUUUGUAAUUUAUUUGAUUACUUUCUAUGAAGUUCUAUAGAGGAAAUUGAGGUUUAAUUAUUUUUAUUAAACAUAUUCUGACUAUC